AAUUUAUGUAUCCUAUUGGAUUAAAAUUAAAUAAAAGUGUUCCUUUGUUUUCAGAAAGAUCUCAGCUAAAAUGGCGUGUUUCUUUUGAAAAAUCACUUCAUACACCCAAUCAACGAGUUAUCAUUGGUGAAGGUUGAUUACGCGGAAAACUCUUGUUUAUCAUCACUUGCGCUUAGCAUAUGUGUUUCUCGUGAGUGCCGUCAAUGCACAACACACAUCAAUUGAUUUCAAUUUUAUGGCACAAUGAAAAUAAUUAAAACUGGUAUUUGUUAAUUUGAGAGUUGGAUUGGUUCAGCUAGUGUUGUAUGCAUAUAUGGGCUUCCGGGGCUGCAGAUCAGGUUAUUGGAGACGGAUUAUACACUACUCUUUGGCAUCUCGGUCUUCUAAUGGCCUCCGUGAUCGUGUCUUCUCUUUGAUUGGCGGCCUGAAGAUGUCUGCGGGAAAGAAGAUCACCAUCUGUGUGGAGGGUAACAUCGGCAGUGGUAAAACCACCCUUCUGGAUCAUUUCGCCCAGUUUCCCGAGGUCAAAACCAUCUCGGAGCCCGUCAAUAAAUGGAGGGAUGCCGGCGGACACAAUUUGCUCGAGCUGAUGUACUCGGACCCGGCCAGGUACAGCUGCAUGUUCCAGAGUUACGUGCAGCUCACCAUGAUGGACAACCACACGGCGCCGGUCGAGAAGCCUAUCAAAAUGAUGGAGCGCUCCAUCCACAGCGGCAGGUACUGUUUCAUCGAGAACCUGCACCGCGGCGGUCUGAUGGCUGACGCCGAGUAUGCUGUGCUGGACCAAUGGUUCCAGUGGAUCACGGCCAACGUGAACGUGCAGCCCGACCUGAUCGUGUAUCUACGCACCUCCCCGGAGGUAGCCCUGGAGCGGAUACGGCGCCGCUCGCGCGACGAGGAGCGCGCCAUCCCCGAGUCGUACGUGCGCGCGCUGCACGAGCUGCACGAGGACUGGCUGGUGCGGCGCGCCCAGUUCCCCGUGCCCUGUCAGGUGCUGGUGCUGGACGCCGACCAGGACCUCAGCCUGCUGAAGGAGGAGUUUAACGUGCGGAAGCAGGAGAUCCUGUGCCGGUCCGAGGUGAAGAGCCCGGUGAAGAGUGACCGGCCCGCCGCGGCCAGUGCGGCGGCCGUCUGACAGACCACCCGGCCGGGCUGGGACUGGAUCGGGUCGGUGUGAUCCGGCCCUCAGCGGCUGGAUCAGGCCGCUAUGAACCGGCUCUCAGCGGCUGGACCCGGUCGGGUCUGUCUCCGAGACACACCGGCCGGCAGUGGUGUGUGAAAUUGCCAAAUCUGGGCUAUACGCUGGGUGGCGAGAGGUCUCAACUUUGAGUAGCUAGUCGGGCUUUGCUUUGUCAUGUCAACUGUGUUUUAACUUUCUGAAGUGGAACGAGAAAAGGCAGCAAGGCUGUAAGCUCUUGACAUUCUCAUAUAUUUUGGCAAGUGUUUAUGUCAAACAAUGAACUAUCUUUAAGCCAGGACGUUGUUGUGCCAUCGUCCUUACAGGUCAGUCGUUUCAGACAUCCAAGGGAGACCCAUUAAAGUGAUACUCGUAGUGUGAACUGUAUCACAUGUGGCAGUUGUUCCAAGCCCUCAGUCUGACGUGUAAGUGAAACAUUACGGUUAUCAGUCAGAGUCAAUUCCAGUGUCAACCAAACUAGUCGAUCUCACGUUUUGAAUAUUUUGCAAGCCAGACGUAUCAUUUUAAUUGGCAGUGAAUAAGUACCUAAAACGUGACUGCAGCCGCGGACGCGUAUUGCCACUGUCCGUUGGUUCUCGCUUCUCAGGCUUUCUCAGUGUCACGAGAUGGAUGCUUACUCAGCUGUGUUAUCACCUUUUUCUGAGCUAAGCGACGACGUGCUCAUUUUCAUUCAAGGAAGCCUAGUUACCGUCAACACCCACGUUCUCAAUCUCCCCGGCAUGCCUAUAUUCUGAUCUCCGAAACCGUUCUUUUGCCGAGCUUAGUUUUGUUUAUGAUUUUCUGUUUCGGUUGGGGGCCCGUGCUUGGUCCUUCUGCAGCUGGUUUUCCAAUCUUUAAAGAUCCACAUUCAGCUGUUGUGGUUUUCACAGGGAUUAUUUCACUUCGUAUUACCGACAAGGUUAUGUGUUUGACAUGUGAUUGUACUAUCUUUCAUGUUGCUUUAUCUCCCAUUUUUAAAUACUUAUCUUGUAUGGGGACAGAGCAUUCCGCGUGCGUGCGAGCAGAUAGUGACUAGGUUCUUCUGGUCCCUGUUGGGUUCCGUAUUACUCUCUGUUAUCGGUUACCCACCUCAUAAUCAGACUCACGACCAUUUGGGCUGUCGGCUUGGGCCACACGGUGGUGUUUCCACUUCUGCUUUCAGCCCGUGUGCUCUGCGAUUUCACAGACACUCAUAUUGUAAAUACAUGCGUUUUCUACA